AUGACGGCCAAAUCGUCCUUUCUGCCGCGCCUCUCAUUCUCCCGCGGCGACUCGCCUGUCCUCCCUUUCCACAACACCUCGAGAUCCUCGCUGCGCAACAAGAGGAGCGAAUACGACCUAGCAGACCUAUCCCCUCGAGCUGAAGAUGCUCUCUUGUCACCGGAGGCCGAUCGAACAGAAUCAAGAGAUCCCUUCGAGCGCAGAAGACCAUCGAGCACAUCGGCUGGUAACAGCGAGGGUUCGAGCAAGGCGGGCUCUACGUCGAAGAUGAAGCAUGACCGGGUCAUGUUUGCUGGCCCGCCGCCGCCAAUCGCGACAUCAAAGCUUCUAUAUACAGAUGAGGAAGACCGGGCCGCAACCCUAAGGUCUAGGGGCUCAAGUCCCGCGUGGCUGCCCACAACUGCAGCAAGGCAUGCUAUCAGCAGUGUCAUUUGGGAUCACCGCGAGCCAUCGACUGACCCUGCGCCGGCUUAUGACCGCGAUUCUGUCUGGCGAAGCCUGCAACGGCGGCAAUUGGCUAUCGAGCAGGAUUUGCAGCGCUUUCUGAACAUCCAAGAGCAGACGCACUCCGCUCGCCUCGACCCUACGAAUACUGUACCUAGCUUAGGGCCACUAUCGGAUACGGCAAGCGAUACGGGCAGCGCAACUCCGACAGGGACGAAUGUGUCUGCAUCUUCGCGAAGACUACGGUCUAUUGAACCCAUUGCGCGGUCCACAGCUGCCGGUGAAAUCAUACCUGUCCGUCAGCCGCGAGCAAGGAAGCUUGGCCUCACUGGUGCGCGACGAGGUCUAGCGAAGAGCAUGGCGCUUCUCGCAGAUCUCAAGGCUGAAGAGGAUGCGUCGCUGGCAAGUGCCUUGUCUACUCGCAAGAAGGCCCUGGCUCAGAUCCGCAAGCUAUCGGCGCGGAGGGAAGGCAUAUCCGAGGAGCUCAGAGCUUUGGAAACAGACGACGAGGAGCCGCUCACUCGCGAGCUAUCUGAGCUGGAUCUAGAGCACCGCGGGGUUUGUACUGAGAUUUCCGACCUGGAGGAACGCCUUGCAGGGCUGAAGAAGAGGCGGCGGUGGCUUGAGGGACGAAUCGACGACGUUAAGAACCGCCGCGAGGCUGGGCUGAGCGGUUACAAGGGCGCGCUGAAGGAAGUUGAAGACAACGUGAAAGCUGUCUUGAGCCGGCCACCUGUCAAGCCCCUGGACCUGGAAGCCCUGAGGAUGGCUGCUAGUGAUGCGGAGAGCAGCCAAGUUGACGGCCAAGGGCCAGGGGUGGAGCUGCCGCUCGAUGGCGUCGAGUUUCUACGAUUACGGCCUGAACGGAGGACAAUCGACAUGGCCAAGGAGUGGUGGGAGGGUGAAGUCACGGUUCUUGAGAGGCGGAAGGCCCAAGUCGAUAAGGAACGCGCCGCCCUCGAAGAUGGCGCUGAAGUCUGGGACGAGGUCGUCAAGCUGGUCUCCGACUUUGAGACAGAUUUUCGAAAGACCAUGCAAGGGCCGCGCGAAGACGAAGGCUUGACAAAAGGCAAGCAUAGGCCUCCGUCCCCGGAGGAAGCGUUGCAACUACAAGCAGAGAAGAUACAAAGCGUUAUUACAGGACUUGAGCAGCGGCUGGUCAUUGCCGAGCAGAAUCACUGGAAUCUACUGAUUGCUGCUAUUGGCGCAGAGUUUGAGGCGUUCAAGGCAGCGGAGCAUAUCAACAAGGAAAUGCUCAGAUCUAUGGGAAUAGGGGUUGAGCGUAGCCCCUCACCCCUGAAACAGUCAUAUAUCACUGCAAGAGAGCCCAGCCAGAUGAACGGCAGCGAAGUUGGGCCUACGCUCGUGGAUGUUCGCGAGGACAAAGCAGGCGAGAGUGAUAAUGAAGUACCUCCCGAUCUGCUUGUGGCGCAUGAUGAGGAUGGACAUCGUCUUCAGGUGUCACAACAAGAGCCAGACAGUCAACUUUCUCACGAGCGAGAGGAUAGUGAGAAUGAGGUCCCGCCAGAGUUUCUUGCGGAGCAUCAUGGGGAAGAUGAUGAUGUGGAGUAG